AUGAAAAAGGAGCAGCGCUCGGCGGGUGGUACGCCGGCAAGUGGCACGAGAAAGGAAUUAAACUUUCUCGGAAACGAAAACCAGGAUGAGGCAAUGGGAGAGGCCGCAAUCCUGGAGCAAAGCGUAGAUCCGAAGACCUUGUCGCCGGCGGCUCGGGCUGACUACGAGUUUCGUCGCAUGGAUCCCGACCGAAAGCAAAGACUAGAGGCGCAGCA